ACAUUUUGCCUACCGAAUGUGACAGGCUAUUUUCGGCCUAUCUGAUGUUGGCCCAUACCUUUCUACAGAUGCUGCCAUAAUUCAUAAUUUCGCUAAUUAGUGAUUCGAUAAAUGGUCACAGUUAGCCUAAUUGUUUGUGUGGGGUGAUUGGCUCAUCUUCUGCUAUUCCGGGGUUCAUAAGAACACUGAUCACAUAGCGCUGUUAUCAGCUUCCUUCCAAUCUAUCGCCACAUUCAUCAGUAUGACCUCUGAAUGUAGCGUCGCCAUCGAACAGGACAACGACGGUGUUGAGGACAAAGUUGUGGUGAAGAGAGACAGUGUGUUAACCACUGUACUCUGUCGCCUGUCACAGUUUUGGCCUGUCAGACUAGCGAUGCGUGCUAUCCGUGGGUUUUGGUGGCUGUUGGGUCUCUCCCCUUCAGAUGAGGCUUUUGUUCCUCCAGAAGAGGAUGACAAUCCUAGUCCAGCCCGCCACUGUCUAGCAGGCCGCAAGCGUCUGCGUCGAGCCACACGCAUCCUGUUGGCCAUCCUGCCUCGCCGUCUGCAGAGCGCCCUGGGCUACCCUGUGUGCACCAGCAUCGGCUGUGCUGUAUCCCCAGAGGUGCUUUGCUCCCCCACUAAGCUCUGUGGGAAAGGCAACAAGAGGAAGCAGGAUGACAUUGAUGACGACGAGGAGCAGCAGACGUGGGUCGAGGCACUCUCUCAGGAACUAGAGGAUGAGGAGCCAUCUGUUGAUCCUGACUAUGAGCCGAGUGCAGUGGAUACUGACAGUGAGGAGUAUAACUCUCAAAAUGACACAGAAAGUGACCUUGAUGUUUCAGGGAAGGUCGUGAUCGACGACCUUAAAACGAAUGUUCCUCAGACGGCAUAGUGGAAGGUGGCAUUUCAGGUACAUCUGGUGUGCGCCACCUUCAGUUUUAUCACCACCUGUAAGCCUCCAGUGCCAGUAUUCACUUUUUGCUUGUUUGUAAUUGACUAAAUAAAACAUUCAUCUUUA